AUGGCGCUCGCAAACCGCUUCGCAUAUCGAUCUUCGUCGCUCCUUCGUCAAUGCAAAGCUCCAGCUUUGCCUGCGAGAGCAUUCACUACUAGAGCUUCCAUUAACGGUCUUGUACACCGUCAACCGGCUCAAGUCUGGAAGAACAGCAAAUAUGCUCGACUUUUCUCCAGUUCGACACUCCUUAGGGAUCAGUCACAAACCGCGCCCAGCGCUGAAGCAUACUUGGCCAGUGGUGUUGUAAAGGGAGCUGCCAACCCAGUGAACGUGAAGAAGGUUCUGGUCAUUGGAAGUGGUGGCUUGAGUAUUGGUCAAGCAGGAGAAUUUGAUUAUUCAGGUUCUCAAGCAUUGAAGGCCUUGAAAGAAGCUGGUGUAGCUUCUGUACUCAUCAACCCCAAUAUUGCAACGAUCCAAACUGCACACGUUCUCACCGACGAAGUUUAUUAUCUUCCCGUCACGCCUGAAUAUGUCACAUAUGUUAUCGAGCGUGAGAGACCAGAUGGUAUCUUCCUCACUUUCGGUGGUCAAACAGCUCUCAACCUCGGUGUACAAAUGGAACGCAUGGGUAUCUUUGAGAGAUAUGGUGUAAAGGUUUUGGGUACCAGUAUCAAGACUCUCGAGACCAGUGAGGAUAGAGAUCUCUUCGCCAAGGCUCUUGGUGAGAUCAACAUCCCAAUUGCUCAAUCUGUCGCUGUAUCAACUGUGGAUGAAGCUUUGGAGGCCGCAAAGGGCAUUGGUUAUCCAAUCAUUGUCCGUGCUGCCUAUGCCCUUGGUGGUCUUGGUUCCGGGUUUGCAAACAACGAGGAAGAACUUCGCAACAUGGCUUCUAGAUCUUUGACUCUUUCUCCUCAAAUUCUGGUUGAAAAAUCAUUGAAGGGAUGGAAAGAAGUUGAAUAUGAGGUCGUCAGAGAUGCCAGUAACAACUGCAUCACUGUCUGCAACAUGGAAAACUUCGACCCUCUCGGUAUCCACACUGGUGAUUCUAUCGUCGUCGCCCCUAGUCAGACUUUGAGCGACGAAGAAUAUCACAUGCUUCGUUCAGCUGCUAUCAAAAUUGUUCGUCACUUGGGAGUUGUUGGAGAAUGUAACGUUCAAUACGCUUUGCAACCAGAUGGAUUAGAUUACAGAGUUAUUGAAGUUAACGCUCGUCUCUCCCGAUCAUCUGCUCUUGCCUCGAAAGCCACAGGUUACCCUCUUGCAUAUACUGCUGCUAAGAUCGGACUCGGCCACACUCUUCCCGAGUUACCAAACGCUGUUACCAAGACUACAACUGCCAACUUCGAGCCUUCCCUCGAUUACAUCGUCUCUAAGAUUCCUAGAUGGGAUUUGUCAAAGUUCCAACACGUCAAGCGCGAUAUCGGCAGUGCCAUGAAGUCUGUUGGUGAGGUCAUGGCUAUCGGUAGAACAUUCGAAGAAUCCAUCCAAAAGGCUAUUCGUCAAGUUGAUCCAAGAUUUGUCGGUUUCCAAGGAGAUAAAUUUGAUGACCUUGACUACGAACUCCAGAACCCCACCGAUCGCCGUUGGUUAGCUGUUGGACAAGCCAUGCUCCACGAGAACUAUUCUGUUGAUCGUGUACAUGACCUUACCAAGAUUGAUAAAUGGUUCUUGUACAAGCUUCAGAACAUCGUUGAUUGUACCCGCGAACUUGAGGAUAUUGGAAGCCUUGAUGGAUUGAAGAAGGAAAUCAUCCAAAAAGCAAAGAAAUUGGGUUUCUCUGACAAACAAAUUGCCAAUGCCGUUAAGUCCACCGAAGAUGAAGUUCGAGCCCUCAGAAAGAGCUUUGGUAUCACUCCUUUUGUUAAGAGAAUUGAUACUCUUGCUGCUGAGUUCCCCGCAAACACGAACUACCUCUACACAACAUACAAUGCAACCACUCAUGACGUCACAUUUGAGGAUAAGGGAACUAUCAUCUUGGGAAGUGGUGUAUACAGAAUUGGUAGCUCUGUUGAAUUCGAUUGGUGUGCCGUUAGUGCAACUCUUGCUUUGAAAGAAAUGGGCAAGAAGACCGUCAUGAUCAACUACAACCCGGAAACCUACAGCACUGAUUUCGAUACUGCCGACAAACUUUACUUCGAAGAAUUGAGCUACGAACGUGUAAUGGAUAUCUACGAACUUGAAUCUGCCAGCGGAGUUGUUGUUUCUGUCGGUGGUCAACUCCCACAAAACAUUGCUCUUCGUUUACAAGAGUCAGGUGGAGCCAAGAUCUUAGGAACAGAUCCUAAGGAUAUUGACAAGGCAGAAGACAGACAAAAGUUUUCUGCUAUCUUGGACAGCAUCGGAGUUGAUCAACCAGCAUGGAAGGAACUCACCUCAGUUGCAGACGCAGAGGCUUUCGCCGAGGAAGUCAGCUACCCAGUUCUCGUCCGCCCUUCAUAUGUAUUGUCAGGUGCUGCCAUGACUGUCAUUAGAAGCAAGGAUGAGCUUAAGGAGAAGCUCGAAGCCGCUAGCAACGUUUCCCCUGAUCACCCAGUUGUUAUCACCAAAUUCAUUGAAGGUGCUGAAGAGAUUGAUGUGGAUGGUGUUGGAUCGAAUGGUCAACUCAUUCUUCACGCUGUCAGUGAGCACGUUGAGCAAGCUGGUGUUCACUCCGGUGACGCUACUCUUGUUUUACCUCCUGCUUCCCUUGAUCAAACCACCAUGGAUCGUGUCAAGGAGAUUGCUGAGAAGGUUGCUAAGGCCUGGAGUAUUACCGGUCCUUUUAACAUGCAAAUCAUCAAGGCCCAGGACCCUGAGGGUGGCCUUCCACAAUUGAAGGUUAUCGAAUGUAACUUGCGUGCAUCCCGUUCCUUCCCAUUCGUCAGCAAGGUUCUUGGUGUCAACUUCAUUGAUGUCGCUACCAAGGCUCUUGUGGGCCAAAAUGUCCCUGAACCCACGGAUCUCAUGGCCAUCAAGCGUGAUUACCUCGCUACUAAGGUCCCUCAAUUCUCCUGGACUCGUCUUGCUGGUGCUGAUCCAUUCUUGGGUGUCGAAAUGUCCAGUACUGGUGAGAUUGCUUGCUUCGGUAAGGAUCUCGUUGAGGCUUACUGGGCUUCUCUCCAAUCAACCAUGAACUUCCGUAUGCCAGAACCAGGAGAGGGUCUUCUUUUCGGUGGUGAUGUCACCAAGACUUCUCUCACCAAGAUUGUUGACUACUUGUCUCCAUUAGGCUACAAGCUCUAUGCUGCCGAACCUGAAGUCAAGAAGUUCUUAGAAUCGACUGCUAAGGGUAAUGUCAGUGUUGAAGUCAUUGAAUUCCCCAAAGAGGAUAAGAGAGCUUUGAGAGAAGUUUUCAAGAAGUACGAUAUUCGUGGUGUCUUCAAUCUUGCACUUGCCAGAGGCAAGACUGUUCAGGAUACCGACUACGUUAUGCGCAGAAAUGCUGUCGACUUCGGUGUUCCUCUCUUCAUGGAACCAAAGACUGCUGAGCUCUUUGCCCAAUGUAUGAACGAGAAACUUCCUCGCAAGGAAGGUAUUCCAGGAGAAGUCCGCAGAUGGUCUGACUUCAUUGGUGGUAAGCCAUUGUAG